AAUGGAGUGGAUGAAUGAUAAUGUAGCGAUGGAGAGGGUGUUCUUCCUACUGAUUCUGUGUUCCCUGUCUUCAAUUGCUUCAUCGCAGAGCGACACUCUGAAACAAGGUGAUGUGCUGAAAGCAUCUGAUGAAUCCAAUUUACUUGUUUCUGCGAGCAACACUUACAGUUUGGGAUUCUUUAUGCCGGAGAGAACCAAGAGGACCUAUUUAGCAAUACGGCUCGCCUACUCCGAUUGGGAUAAACCGGUAUGGAUAGGGAACAGAGAUGCACCUCUCCCCACAAUUUCUUCUGCCAGCCUUCACAUAGAUGCUUAUGGGAGAUUGAUACUCGCACAUAAUGAGGAACAAGACAACUCUUACCUGCUUUCAUCAAAGCAAACUAGCCUCAAUGUCACAGCAACUUUACUGAAUUCCGGCAAAUUGGUGCUCCGGGAGGUCAACACCGAUGGUUCAUUCGGAGAGGAACUGUGGAGUAGUUUUGACAAUCCCACGGAUACCCUUUUGCCGGGGAUGAAGUUAGGAGUGGACCAUAGAACGGGUAGGAACUGGGCUCUAAGAUCAUGGCAAGACGAUGAUAUUCCGUGGACAGGGGCAUAUAGUCUAGAGUGGGAACCAAGCAAGCGUCGACUGGUUAUAAAGUACGGAGGAGUGGUUCGCUGGACUAGUGGAGAGUUGAUGACUGCUUCUAAUUUCCAGCACAUCCGAGCCAGUCAAAACUAUAAAUUCGUUAACAUUUCGACCAAAGAAGAAGAGCAUUUCAGCUACCUAUUCACGUUUAAUCCAUAUUUACCUCAGCCUGACUUUCUUCUCCAGGGUUGGAGAUUGGACGCUUUAGGCAUUUUGAGCAUAACAUCUGAUGGUGGGUCGAUUAUGGACGUGGGCGAGUGCUACGGGUACGAGAAUGAAACUCAGCAGUCAAAAGGGUGCGAGUUAUGGGAACAACCCAAGUGCAGGGGUGAUGGUCAGACGUUUGAGGAAAGAUAUGGGAGAUUUGUGUUUCACACUGAAAAUGAAGCCCUACAAAUCCAAGCCACACCCAUUUCUAAUUGUAGUGAUAGCCCCAGUGACUGCAGGGAAUAUUGCUGGAAUGACUGCCACUGCGUUGGUUAUAGGAGCAACAAUGAGGGGGUGUGUGAGUGCUGGAUGGGAACAUCGUCUUUGCAAUUUGAAGAGGACACCACUGGUAAUGCGGUGGAAUCUGUAUAUGUUCUAAACCGUCCAGCUGAGGGUAAGUCAAGAAUUAAGAAGUGGAUAUGCCGGAUUCUUAUACCCACAGCAAUAUCCCUACUCCUGCUAGGCUUUCUUCUAUUGUGGUGGAGACGGAGAAAACAAGAGGAAGCAAGAAAGGAGCAAGAACUGAAGGAUUUAUUCACAUUAGAUGAUUAUACUGAUAUUCAUGAACUCAACAACGGUGAAAAUGUCAGUAUUAAAGUUUUUACGUACGAAUGGAUUGUCGCUACGACAAACAACUUCUCACUUAAUUGCAAGUUAGGACAAGGCGGAUUUGGAACUGUUUACAAGGGAGUAACACCUGAAGGACAAGAAGUAGCUAUAAAACAAUUGUCAGAGAGAUCAAAACAAGGAAUAGUAGAGUUCAAAAACGAGGUGAUAUUGAUUGCUAAACUCCAGCACACAAAUCUUGUAAAGCUGCUUGGUUUUUGCAUUCACAAGGAUCAAAAGAUGCUCAUUUACGAGUUCAUGCUCAAUAAAAGUUUAGAUUUUUACCUCUUUGAUCAAAAUCCAAUAGGGUAUUUGUCUUGGAAAAGACGCAUCAACAUAAUUGAAGGAAUUGCACAAGGUUUACUUUACCUUCACAUGUAUUCAAGAGUUCGAAUCAUUCAUAGAGAUAUGAAAGUCAGCAACAUACUACUUGAUGAGAAUAUGAAUCCAAAAAUUUCAGACUUUGGAAUAGCCAAGAUACUCAAGCAAAAUGCUACAGAAGCAAACACGAUGAGACUAGUUGGAACAUUUGGUUACAUGGCACCUGAGUAUGUCUUGCAUGGUGUGUUCUCUAUGAAGUCGGAUGUCUAUAGUUUUGGAGUAUUAGUACUGGAGAUUGUAAGUGGCAAGAAGAAUAAUGGUUUCCACUGUGAGGAUGGUCCCCUGAAUUUGGUAGAACAUGCAUGGGAGUUAUGGAACAAAGAUGCAGUUUUACAGCUAGUGGAUCCAUCAUUAAUAAGCAAUUUGUGUGGCAAUGAAGAACAGUUGCGUAGAUGCAUCAAUGUAGGACUACUAUGUGUAGAAGAUUCUGCUGUCGACCGACCAUCCAUGGCUGAUGUGGUUUCCAUGUUUACCAAUGAAAAUUUGGCAUUGCCAAAGCCCAAAAAACCUGCAUUUGUAUCAAGAUUCGGUGUGAGUGACACAUUUCAAGAUGGCCAGUCAAGAAAGUUCACAGUGAAUGAACUCUCUAUUUCCACCAUGGAGGCAAGAUAGUUUUGCAAUUUGGUGAACUUCCCUCGGCAGACUCGAAGAGAGGAAUAUCAUACUGAUCAUUUUCAAGGAAGUCACUAACCAAAGGUGGGGAGUCAUAAAAAAUUAUAAAGUCCAAGAUUUGGUUCCGUGGGAGGCAUGUCAUCAACCACUUUAUUUUGUUAGUUAUAAAUGUGCUUAACCUCCACAAAAGUGAGUGAGAUGAGAACAAUGUUAUUAAUUUCAAGAAUAAUACUAUAUAUAUAUUUUCAAUUUUUAUUCUAAGUUGUACUCUAUUGACUUGGUUUGCUUGAUUAAAAAAACACUACAGUAUAGUUUUUA